GUGGCGAAUCCGACGGGAAGAACAUUCCACGAAUAUCGUCGAACUUCGACGGCACCAACGAGGAAUUCAUCGGCGUGGCGUACGGCAACGGCCAAUUAACUCUCUGCGACUCCAAUCAGUCCACCUUCCAGAUAAACUAUUCCGAGAAUUGGGAAAAUCUCAAUUUGAAUAUCGACGCGUCGAGUUCGACGAAAGAAUUCUGGGGGGAUCUGAAGUGCGAGAACUGCCCGUCGACAUCACGGAGCAUCGACAAGAUCGGCGAAAAGAUCGAGAAGUACGCGCAGGACAAGGCGAAGAAAAUACGGGACGAGAGGCAGCGACGGCGACAUCAUCAGCACAGAUUGUCGGAGCGGAACGGGCAGAGGACCCAUCAUCACGGUCGAAGAGACGCGGAGAAGAGACACCUGCAGAUCGUGCGAUCGGCCACCAGCACCGAGAGCUCCAGAUCGAACUCCACGGAUCGGGGCCUGAAUCCGCGGCUGACCGGCCUCGGCGUCAGCCUGCAUCUCGGUCAAAGCACCAGGCAGAUGCCGAACUUCGGCAGUCACAGUCCGCACAUGAGCCCGAGGCUUCAUCACUUCGAGUCGCGCAGCACCCCGAACUCCAACGGGCAACGCUGCUGCAACCUCGGAGCGCACUGCGCGAACAGAAACUCGUCGCCGCAGAGCAGAAAGCUGUUGGAUCACAGAAGAUCCAAGUCCGAGCAGAUCGCGAGGAUGAAGAGGCGAGAUGUGGAGAAAAGGGAGAAGCACGAGCGGGACAAGUACGCGCGCACGGAAUCCACUAAGAGGAAACGAGGGAACGGAAGUUCCGGUAAUAUCAUGCUGAACGACGGACUGGGCCGAAGGACGGACAAGAGCGGCCUGGUGGAGGCGACCGCUGCCACCGCGGGUACGAUUCGCCACGCGAGAGACAACAACUCGCAGAGACCCGCGCGAGCGAUGAGGCUGGUUAACGCGUCGACGGUAUCCGGCGUAAGGAACUCGGAUCAAUCUCUGAGUUACAAGCCCAACGUAGCGUCGAGCUCCAGCUGUUCGAGCUGCUGCGACUCGAGUUCGGAGACCAGCGAGUUUCACAGCGACUGCCAAGACGACGAGGAGAUCGCACUGGCGAUGCAGGCCGCCGAGAUCGCAAAUAGAAAUCAAAUCAGAGCCAAGUUUCGAUCCUCGGAAGAUCUGGUCCAUCGUCUCUUCGUUUGCAUAGCAGGCGUGGCGGAUCAAUUGCAAACAAACUUUGCGUCAGAUUUACGGAACAUUUUGAAGUGCGUCUUUCUCAUGAACAGUAGUCAAAUAAUAGAGGAUACCGAAGGAUCGAAAGACGAAAGUUCAGCUUCCACGAAUCAAUCGACGAUCGUACCAAGCGACACAACGGAAACAGGAAGUCUUCACGAACGGCAAGAAUCAUUGCCCGAAUACGAAGACGUGGAGGAAACCGCAUUGAUACACGACCGAACUUCUCCCGUGACCGAGAGAGGAGAGGAAUGCGUCGAGAGAGCGCCCGCUUGGGUUCCGGACAACGACGCGCCAAGAUGCAUGGCCUGCCAGGCGGGAUUCACGGUCGUCCGACGUAGGCACCAUUGCCGAAACUGCGGCAAAGUGUUUUGCGGUCGUUGCAGCAGCAACAACGUCCCACUGCCUCGUUACGGGCACACGAAACCCGUAAGAGUAUGCAACAGGUGUUUCCUGUACCAAGUGACGCCCUUUACUACGGUCUCGCAAGUCACGUCCACCAGUUGAAUGUUUCUGGAGUGGCUUGUAAAUCCGAUUAUAUUUUCUAUUCGAAUUCCCCGUGUGUUACCGUGUAUUCCCUUUCGAUGUGUGCAACGUAUUCGCGCAAAAUUCGCAACCAUUUCUCAACCGUGUAAUUAAAGUCAUUAUUCUUAUAUAAUAGAAACCGAUAAUUCUCUCAAAAGGAGUUCUCUUUACAAUUAGCAGAGCGGGGCAAAUCGGGUGUAAUUAUGUGAUAUACUCGCACAGUGUUUAAACGAGAACUUUAGUCCAAUAAAUUAGCUGCUGUUUCAUUAGUCGAAACAGUCGUUCUUCGAUUCGGAAUUGUCAAACUAUUCGGGUAUUUGCAUCUUUUCUUCUCUCUUAUCUUUCUCCAUAUAAGUGAUAUAUACAUAUAUAUAAAAUCGAAAAAUCUGGUGGCAUUUGAUUUGUCCAAUUCUUCAUGUUUAAUAGUUUGUAAAAAGAGAAACCGUAGAGAAACACGUUUAUCGUAUAAUAACAAAAGGAGAAAUUGGAGGGAAAUCGCUUGUCAUCAGAUCGCUUUACCGCGUUGUUUAUACACUUACGUGCACUUAAGCUGUAAAAUUAGAUAUACCAGCGCUAAUCGCUCAUAUUUUUACACAUUGUGAUUAGAUAUUCUUCUCAAGAAAGUGUUACGAUUCGUGACAACUGCGACAACGCAAUUUAACUUUGGAUAGAUAAUAAGAUUCCCUGUAAAUUGUUCAAAUUUAUUUAAGAAAAGAGGUUCUGUCUCUCUUCUCACGAGGGACUUAAUAAGUAAUAAGAUAAGAUUGUAUAGAGAACUAAUUAUCACGAAGAGCGUCUUUAUAUUACCAUUUUUAUUAUUCUUAAUAUAUUAUUUUAUUUCAGGUGUAAUAAUUAUUUUAUUAGCGUUACUAUAUUAUUGUUCUUAUUAUUUAGCUCUCGGAAGAGUUAUAUAAAAUGAAAAAUAAUUAUUAAUUUCUUAAGUUAUAGUUUUGGCGAAUCUUACGAUAAACUAACAGUUUUUAUUUCUGUUCAAAGUGUGAUAGAACUUGUGUUUUCUAAAACAAAAUAUACGACUAAUACGAAUGAUGUUUAAGAGUUAUCGAUAUGUUUAUAAUAAUCGCAUUGCAAAUAAUAUCCUUGGUACGUGGCACACAAAACCCAUAUAGUAUUUCUAUAUUGCAAUAAUUAUCAUUCAGAUUUAUUAAUCCGUGUCGAUCGCACACUUAUAUUUAAAAGAAUAAAAACUUGAGUAAAGUGUUAUUAAUUACAACAGAAUUUCAAGUCAAUAUAAAUAUAUAUAUAUAUAUACAUACAUAUAUAUAAAAAUAAGCGUUACACAUCACUGUUAUCCUCGAGACAUGAAGAUUCUUUUAAUUUGAGAUAUUUAGAUUUCUCGUUAUAUGUAGAAAUCGAGAAACUUUAUUCCAUGCUUGUGUGUUUUUUAAGAAAAUUCUUGACAGUCGAUAGAUGAUUUUUCACGGAAGACAAAAAGCUUAAGAAGCAUCAAAUCCUGUGGAAUGUAUAUACUUGUGUGAAGUAUAAGUGUGAGUACAUGUGUGGAAAACAUAUAACUCGAAUAAUGAUAAUGUUAAGGAAAAGAGUGUGGGUGAAAGUUCUUUUCUUUUCUUUUUUUUUUUGAUGUCUAACGGGUCGUGUUGCGAUAGAAUUUCUAAACAUCUACUGCCCGCUGAAGUAUAUUUCGAAAUAUAUAUACAUAGGUGCAUAGCAUGCACACAUACACACACGAUAAACUCCUGUGCCAAAUUUACUAUGACAAUACGUUCCCUUCUACAAUUCACACACUUUGGUUCCUAUCAAAAUAUUUGGACAAGAAUACUUCCGAUUAUGAAUAUAAAAGCAUCGCAUUGUGUUAAAAGUAUCCGGAAAUUGUAUAAUGAGAGAGAGAGAGAGAGAGAGAUAAAUUCAAAACGAACACUCGACAGAAUAGUGUGUGCGCGUUUUAAUUAAUAAAAAGACUGGCUGAAUGUACAGAUAUCGUUGCUUGCUCAUUAUUACUUCGAGAUAUUCGUUGUAAAUACCGGACAGAUUUCGUUUCUAAUUUCUGUUUCCGAUAUAUCUUUCUUUCUAUUAUAUAGCGAGAAAGAGAUCAUCUCUCUCUCUCUCUCUCGCUCAAUUUCCCCAAUGUCUUGUCAAAUCUUCGCAAUAAAUUUCAAUUUGACAUUUAAUCAAUGUUUAAAAAUCCAUAGAAAUCUGAAAUGAAAUCUGAAUAAUUGACAACAAUGGUGCGACCGUCAAUACAAAAAAAUCAACUUAUCACGAUCAUAUACAAUUAAAUAAAUAAAUAUAUAAAUUGAGUCGAUUCGCUGUGGUUAGCUUUAUCGAAGGAAUGGCGUUAAUUGAAACCGACGUGUAUCGAUUAAUUCGACAUUUAGAUAUAAUUAUCGAUUUUCAUUACGAGAACGUAAUAAUGUGUCCCCUUAAACGACGAAUAAUGAUAUAUCAUUCGAGGCGACAUCAGAUUUGGAAGUCGUUGUAUAUUAUAAUCGCACGUGUGCAUUGUAAAAUAUAUAGAUAGAACUUUCCGAAGAAAAAAAAUAAUUAUUAUAGUGUCCAUGGAACGCGGCGAGAGUGCUCGUAAGACGUGUAAAAUUAGCUAGAGAGAGAUCAAUUUAUUUCCUUAUAUAUAUGUGUAAGGAAUAUCACAUCGAGAGAGAGAGAGAGAGAGAGAGAGAGAGAGAGAGAGAGAGAGAAUAUACCUUUAAGAUUACGAACGCGCUUAAAGACGGAGACGUUAUUUUUUACACGUAAUCUCGAUGCCUUGCUAGAAUAUCGUGCUUUCGAUUUUGGACGCGAGGAAAAGAGUUUCGGAGACCAUUAUUAUAGGGAGUAUAUCUCAUCCCUCUCCUCGUACACUUGUGCGAAUCAUUUUGGUGAUCAGGAUUUCCCCCUGUGCCUAAUACAUAUGUCACAAGCUAGCCUGUGAAGAUAAAUUGUACCGAAGCAAAAAAAAGAGGGGACGAAAAAGAGGAAGAAAAGGAAAGAACGCGUAAAAGAAAAAAUUCAAGACGAUAUAAGCUAUAGAAUGGAUCAAGUAUCACGAUAUUGUGAAUAAGUUCGAUACGAUAUUAGAGCAGUUUCGAACGUCGAGCGUAUAAAAAGUGAAUAAUAAUAAUAAUCAUAUUUAUAUAUCUUUCUUGCGAAAUCUAAAUAUAUUGGAGAAUCAAAUAUCAUGACAUAUAUUUUAGAUCGGCUACUCAAUAUUGACCAUUCGACGUUGAGAAAGUGAUUUGUCUGUGCUCUUUCCAAUAUGGCGAUGUUGAUCCACUCGAUACAUCAAGGGAGGGUUUUACGAUCUGCCAAUUAAAUAAGAAAUUAUUCCGAUAUUAUAUGAGGUGUUAGAAUGUGUACUUCGGAAUAUUAUUUUUGUAUAUUAUUUGCCUAAGUGUAUGCGCGUAGAGAUGUAUCCUCGACACAUUUGUUGUGGGAUAUCGCAUUUCGAGUGAGAUCGGUAACAGCACGUAAUCCCCUGCGGAAUGAAACGAUGACGUUGAAACGUUAACUGACAUGAACGAUGUAGUAUUUGACGCCGAAUUAACUUGUGAUCGAGGAGCUAAUGAUGCGUGACGUUGUGUCAAUGAUUUCAAAUUAAUGAGGAACGCAACGGGACUUGCGAAUAAAUCGUUAGAAUAUAUGUGUAUGCGUGUGUAUGUGUGCAUGUGUAGAUUUGCGCGAGUGUGUUCGUGUGUUUUGUUGCGAGAAUACAAGUUAUUCGCAAUAUUGGAUCGCGAGACGAUGUGUCUCAUCAAUACUUGAAUGCACUGUGGUUUCGGUAAUGGACGUAUUAAAAUACGAAUGUAAAUAAAGUUUGUUAUUCAAGGUGUUUAAA